AGAGGGACCAAAGUGACAUUAUCCUUUUAAAGACAAAAAGUCAUCAACAAAAGGGAAGAGGUGCAGGUAAGGAACUGACAACAAUGGCUUCCCUUCAGCUGGGUGUUUCUUCACUUGCCGGACCCACUUUCCAAAUUCGGUGUUCCAGUGAACGGCAAGCGCUGUUUAACCGCAUUGCCCCUGUUUAUGAUAACUUGAAUGAUAUGCUGAGUUUGGGUCAACAUCGCAUAUGGAAAAGAAUGGCUGUUUCUUGGAGCCGAGCUAAAGAAGGGGACAACGUACUAGAUGUCUGUUGUGGAAGUGGAGAUUUGACGUUUCUUUUGUCUGAGAGAGUUGGACCUAAUGGCAAGGCGUUCGGUUUUGAUUUCUCAAAGGAACAAUUAUUAAUCGCUUCGACUCGGCAGAAAUUACGUUCAAAGACAUGUUAUAAGAACAUCAAGUGGAUGGAGGGCAAUGCGCUUGAUUUACCCUUUCCUGACUCCUCCUUUGAUGCUGUUACUAUUGGCUAUGGAUUACGAAAUGUGGUUGAUAGACAUAAAGCUAUGGCAGAGAUAUUUCGAGUUUUAAAACAAGGCUCAACGGUAUCUGUUCUUGACUUCAAUAAGAGUAUCAACCCCUUGAGCACCACAAUUCAGGAAUUGAUGAUCGACAAUAUAGUCGUUCCUGUAGCGAGUGGUUAUGGCCUAGAAGAUGAGUACACAUACUUGAAAAGCUCUAUCAAAGACUUUCUGACAGGAAACGAGUUAGAGAAGCUGGCUCUUGAUGUAGGAUUUUCCACCGCGAAACAUUUUGAAAUAGGGUUUGGAUUUAUGGGCAAUUUGGUAGCCAUUCGAUAGAAUGAUUUCAACUGCUUCAUCUUCCCCGUGCCUUAAAAAGCGAGAAAAGAUGCAGUAACAAGAGGAAUGAGUGGAAUUUUUAGCAAUAGAUAUUAGUAGACUUCUUCCUUCAAUUUCAAGUCAUGCCUGCUAGUGCAUUGAAUAUUGCAUCGCCUUACAGGCUGAAGAUAUGUGAUAUAAUUUACUGUG